UAUAAGCGAAUUCAAACGGGCUCUAAAUGCUGAAAAAAUUGUCUCAGACUUGUGAUACUCAAGGGUUGAUGUUUGGAUUUGGUAGCAAUGGCGCUAAAAAGCAUCUCUCUUCCAAGUUCUAUACUUUCAGAUUUCACUUGUUUUAUUCCACACUUCCAGCUACUUCCCGUGCUGAUAUAUUGGUUGAUUUCAUGGUAAACUCACUUGGUUUCUCAACACACGAAGCCAUUUCUACAAGUGACAAGGUAACUCGUUCAAGACUCAGAAAUUAUGAACCCCAUUUGUUACUUGAUGUCUUUCACAAUAUGGGUUUGAACAAAUCACAGAUCAAAACCCUCAUUUCUUCUUCCCCUGAAGUGUUGUUUUGUCACAUUGACAAAAACCUUAAACCCAAGAUUAAGGUUUUACAACAACUUGGCUUAUCUGGUUCUGACCUUGUUACAUUUAUCAAGAAAAGUGAUUUCUUAACAAGAGGUUUACAUACUACUAUAAAACCUAGUCUUGAUUAUCUUAAGGAGUUAUUAGGUAGUUAUGAUUCUGUAGCUAUGGUUGUUAAGAAAGAGCCUAGGUUGCUUUCUAAUAAUCUCCGUAAAGUAAUACCACCCAAUAUAUCAUUGUUGCAAAAUCUUGGGUUUUCAAGAAUGGAUAUUGAGACGAUUUUUAAUCGGCGUCCUAGGUAUUUGCUUAAUAACCCUGUGUGGCUUGAGAGAGUUGUACAUCAAGCAGAAAACAGUUUUCACAUUCCUCGGGAGUCACGGAUGUUUCUUCAUGGCAUUGAAGCACUUGUGUCACUUGAUGAAUCUAAAUUAGAAAGAAAAUUAGAUAUCUUUCGGAGUUUUGGAUGGUCUGAUUCCGAUAUUUGCGCAAUGGUGAGAAAGCUUCCUUACUGUUUGACGUCAUCAGAGGCUAAGAUAAGGAUUACGUUGAAGUUUUUCAUGAACGAACUGGGGUAUGAACCUAGUUAUCUGGCUUCUCAUGCGCCACUUUUAAAGUACAGUUUGGAGAAGAGGGUCAUGCCAAGGAAUGAAAUCUUGAAGUUUCUCAAAGAAAAACAACUGAUAACAAGGAAGCUAAGUCUUUACACUGUCGUGGCAUCUACUGAACUAGAGUUUCAAAAGAAAUAUGUGCUUCCUUUCAGGGAAAAGAUGCCGGAUUUGUAUGAUUUAUACAUCAAAGUACAAGCUCAAGAGAAGUCUUGACACUGAGACAGUGCCUGCAGACCAUUGUUUGUUUAAGAGGUAACAAGACUGCUUGUUGAUCAUCUGAGGUAAUCAAAUUAGUCUCUGGUUGUUGUACAUGGUUGAGUAUGUCAGGGAACUGUUCUUUCAGGGGACCAUGCCUAAUCAAUUGUCAUUCCAAAAGGACACCCUCCUACCAUUACCCACUUUAAUAUCAAUAUAUGAUAUAAAAGAGGGCCAUAGAUUUUCUUCUAUUCCUCUGUACUCCCCACCCCAGAUUUUCUACUAUUCCUCUGUACUCCCCACCCCAUAUGAAGAAGAUGAUUGUUUAAAUACCAGGGGCUUUCUUGACAAUAUUUAAUAAUGAUUACUUCUCUGGAUAGUGCUCGUUCUUCUGAAUUGUAUCUUUUGUUUUGUUUUUUGAAACUGAUAAGGAUCUGAAUUGUAUCUCAAUGGCCAUUUCAUCAGAA